UUGCGCAGGCGUAAACCACGUACACCGAUCGCCGCUGUUUGUGCUAAAUGCUAGCGGCUUGGCUGACGGUCUGUCAAGUCAUACAUAUUGGGCUCGGUAGGGAAAGCUCAGCGGUGGAGAAGAAGGAGUACACCAGCGCCGCUAAGAAAUGGCCGGCCAACAGUUCCAGUAUGAUGACAGCGGCAACACGUUUUUCUACUUCCUAACGUCCUUCGUUGGACUUAUUGUGAUCCCAGCCACAUAUUACCUCUGGCCCAGAGACCAGAAUGCUGAGCAACUGCGUCUGAAGAGCUUGAGGAGGGUCCAUGGCAGGUGUCUAUGGUACCGCCUGAGGUUGAUGAAAUCACAGCAGAGCAUUGUCCCGACGUUAAAAAAAGCCGCCCUGUUAUUUGGCUGGGUUGUGUUUCUGCUCCUAGCCUACAAAGUGUCCAAGCUAGACAGAGAGUACCAGGAGUACAAUCCUUAUGAAGUCCUCCACCUGGACCCGGGUGCGACAACGUCGGAGAUCAAGAAACAGUACCAUCUCCUGUCGAAGAAGUUUCACCCUGACAAGGGUGGCGACGAAGCCGCCUUCAUGAUGAUCACCAAGGCCUACGCUGCCCUGACCAACGAACAGACGAAGAAGAACUGGGAGUUGUACGGCGACCCAGAUGGUCCAAGAGCCACCAAUUUUGGAAUCGCCCUGCCUGCAUGGAUUGUGGACCAAAAGAACUCUAUGCUGGUGCUCUUGGUUUACGGACUCGCCUUCAUGGUCAUCCUUCCCGUGGUCGUGGGCACAUGGUGGUACCGCUCCAUCCGCUACAGCGGCGACCAGAUCCUUAUCAACACCACGCAGCUCUUCAUGCACUUUAUGUACAAGACCCCCAACAUGAACAUGAAGCGGUUAGCCAUGGUGCUAACGGCAGCAUUUGAGUUCGACCCUCGCAGCAAUAAAGAAGCCACCAUACGACCGACGGACAACAUCGAGGUGCCCCAGCUGAUCAGGGAACUGGGGAACAUCAACGUGAAGAAGAAGGAGCCCCCGUUCUGCUACCCCUACAGCCUGAAGGCCAGGGUUCUGGUUCUGGCCCACCUGUCACGCAUGGAGAUCUCUGAGGACCUGGAAGAGGACCAGAGGUUUGCGGUGCGGAAGAGCCCCGCUCUGCUCCAGGAGAUGGUCAACGUCGGCUGCCAACUCACAAUGAUGGCCAACAGCAGAGGGGGCUUCCACGCUCCCCGGCUGGUGUCCAUAGAGAACUGCAUGAAGCUGACCCAGAUGAUCGUGCAGGGCCUGCAGGAGACCAAGUCUCCUCUCCUUCAGCUGCCUCACUUUGACGAGGAGCACCUCCGCUACUGCGUCUCAAAGAAGUACAAGGUGCGGAGCCUGCAGGACCUGGUGAGUCUGAAGGACUCGGAGAGACGCAGCAUGCUGCGCUUCCUGGUCGAGGAGAAGUACGAUGAGGUCAUCUCCGUGCUGGGGAGCUUCCCUCACAUCGCCAUGGAAACCAAACUGCAAGUCCUUGACGAUGAAGACAGCAACAACAUCACGGCAGGCUCCAUCGUGACAGUUACCGUCACCCUCACUAGGAAAAGAAUGGCGGAGGUGUUUGAGAAGGAGCAGGACGGUAGCCCGUGUCCCGGGGAGGAGGGGGCCAACACAGAGGAAGGGGCCGACGCCAGUAAAGCCAAGACCAAAGUCUGGCAGAACAACAAGAAGCAAGCCACAAAGAAGUCCAAGAAGAAGAAGCUCACCAAGAAGAAAGCCCCCGCAGCGGCGGCUACCGUCGCUGCCGCCGCCGCCACCGCCGCCGCUGCCGCCGCCGCAGUCGCCGCCGCAGCCACCACCGCCCCCGCAUCCUCAAAAACCAAGCAGGCCAACGGCAGUGUGGCAGGAGGCGAUGCCGUGGCGGUCCCCAAGGAGGACGAUGAGGAGGGCUCGGACAAGGGCAGCGAGUCGGAUGAGGCAGAGGCCAAUAAGGACUCGCCCAGCGAGCGGGACGAAGAGAGCGACAAGCAGAGCGACACGGAGGUGGACGAGAUCGCCGGCGACGACGAGGAGGAGUGGGAGGCUCUGCAGCAGAGCAUCCAGCGGCGGGAGAAGGCCCUGCUGGAGACCAAGUCCAAGGUCACCCACCCGGUGUACAGCCUGUACUACCCCGACGAGAAGCAGGAGUGGUGGUGGCUCUACAUCGCCGACCGCCGCGACCAGGCGCUCGUCUCCAUGCCCUACCACGUGUGCACGCUCAAAGACACAGAGGAGGUGGAACUGAAGUUUCCAGCCCCAUCAAAAACAGGCAACUACCAAUAUUCAGUCAUCCUGCGUUCAGACUCCUACCUGGGCUUGGACCAGAUCAAACCGCUAAAGCUGGAGGUGCACGAGGCCAAGGCGGUGCUGGACAACCACCCACAGUGGGACAUCCCGGAGACCGAGGAGGAAGACGAAGAGCAGGAGGACAGCGACGGCAUCGAGGAGAGCGAGGACGACGACGAGGACAACGACUGAAGGCGCACCACCGCCCUUUGUACACACCGACGUGUGCGUGCACGCCCACCACACACGCGUAUACACAUGCCUACACACGCCUCUAAAGACGCAAACUCACACGCAUCGACAAACACAUGAACACGCACACGCAGUUGGCUUCCACCCCCUCCCCCCCCCCCCCCCCCCCAGCAGCUGGUUUUUGAAGAGCUGUGACAUCGCCACGGCGACGGGAUGUCACCAACAGUCAGUCCAUUCCCUUCCCCUUCCAAAACCACACACACACACACACACACACACACGCAGUGUCAUGGACUGUGACGUCCCCCGUCCCCCCCACCACAAUCCCACCUGCAUAACCGCUUUCUUACCGAGACCUCAGAGAGACUCGUUCAGCCAAUUUCCGUUGCCAACGGAGAUAUGUGAAUUGUGUGUGUGUGUGUGUGUGUGUGUGUGUGUGUGUGUGUGUGUGUGUGUGUGUGUGUGUGUGUGUGUGUGUGUGUGUGUGUGUGUGUGUGUGUGUGUGUGUGUGUGUGUGUGUGUGUGUGUGUGACAAUUUGUACAGGUAUGAAAGUUUGACACACUGUGGACUGGAGGACCUAUUAUCUGGGAACUAGUUUUCAUUUGUUUUUUGUGUGUGUGGGGGGGGGGAGGUAAUUUGGAGAGUGAUGUAAAAGGAGACAAAAAAAAAAAACACGUUGGGUUCCUCCAUGUUGAAAUCAUUCACUUCCUCCCCCCACCUCCUCGCUCGUGUUUGCCUCCUAUAGCUGCAGCAUCACACGACACAACACGUCUCCCCCCCUGUGAUGUUCCAACCCACCCCCCCUCCCCUGCCCACGUGCAACAUCCUCUAGCCGCUGCCCGUGGUGAGCCCCAGCUCACCGGGGGCCCCCCAGACGCCUCCAGCAGAGAGCCCAGAUGGCGGGGGUCAACGCCCACGUUGACCCCCACCUCCAGCAGAGAGCCAAGAUGGCGGCGUUCCGAUCUGCUGCUCCGGCUCCGGCCUCCUCUACACUCCGCGGCCUGUUAAGACACAACUUCACCCUUUUUAAUUUGUAUUUGAAGAAAAAAAAAAAAAAAAAAAGGCAAAAA